GAAGAUUGUAUUUGAACAUGGAGGGUCAAAAUUGUGAGGAAGUUGAUUUUGGAAAGAAAUUUAAGAAGAGGAACAAGAAUACCAAUGUUGGAUUGUAAUGGAAAAGAAUCUCUGAAAUGGUCCAAAUGACCACACAUAACACCUCGAUUUGUCCGCCACCACUUCCUCCAUCACCGCCAUCCUCCCUCCUCCUCCUCCUCCUUCCAACACCGCAACAACGCCCUCGAUCACAUCAUCACAACCUUCUUUCUUCAUCCUUCUCUUCCAUUUGGGGCCACUUCUGAUCGAUUCCUUCCGCCUCCUCCCGCCUCAGAUGCAGACUCUCCCUCCCUUCUCUUGCAUCAGAGGUUCCUUCUGCUGCCCAUGGAUUUCCCUCCUGCCCUCAAUCUUCUCACCCAAUUCGGAUGCGGCUUCGUCCUUCUCCGCUCCCUCUCGCUCGUUUUCAACUUUUUAGGCCUCCUUUUGAUGCUCUCCUUUUGGUUCAAGGUUUGGCGCUUCAGUUGGAAUUCCAAGAGCGCCAUUCGAUUCCUUUGCACUUCCGGAGGCGUACCACAAAUCCGUUUCUGCCUCGACAAAGUUGCGUGGGGAGUUUCUAAGGCAAAGACCGCGCCUUUGAGAAAAGCGCGCCCUUCCAGGUCGAGUUCCUCCAUCAGGAGGCGCACCAAUGGCUCCCGAGAGAGAGGCAAUGCGGGUUCCGAAGAUGGGUCGGAGGGGAAGGGUGAAAACGAGAAGGACAUUGGCAAUGAGGAUGAGGUGCUCGACGUAAUGACGCUGAAAAAUUUCGUCAAGAUGGAGAGACUAAAGGCCAAUGCGGCGUGUGCGGACCUCGAGAAGGAGAGGACGGCGGCUGCCUCGUCGGCGGAGGAGGCAAUGGCGAUGAUUCUGCGGCUGCAGAAUGAGAAGAGCGCGGUAGAGAUUCAAGCCACGCAGUUCCGGCGAAUGGCGGAGCAAAAGCUAGAUUAUGACCAGGAAGUUAUUGAGUCAUUGCAGUGGACCAUCACGCAACACGAGGUUCAGAAGUGUGAAUUGGAGGAUCAGAUGGAGAUUUGUAAGGAGGAAUUGAGGCAGUUUAUGAGGGAUGAGGAUAUAGAACAACUUGAAGUUGAAGUGAGUAGGGAUUACAUGUAUGAUGAUGAGGAGGAGGAUGGUGAUCGUUAUGAUAAUUCUGUAGUUAGCUCUCCCGAAACUGAAUCACAGACCUUGUAAGUUCUGAAGCUUGUUUGUUGUUAUAUACAAAUGAAGUCCCUUUACAUAGACCUGUUUUGGUUUCCAAUUGUAAAUUGUAUUUAACCAUAAUUUAAUUAAUAAUAAUAUCGAAAGCCUAUAUAUAUUUUUUAUUUUUUUCUCAUGAAUUAUGCUCA